AUGGUCAGGAAGCAUGCCAAGCGGCUGCAGAGCACAGUCGAUCCCAGGCUGCUAGCGCGUGGCCAAUCGACGGACGCGCUGCUCAAGAAGUUAAAGACCAUCCAAGUUGAGCUCACUCAAGCAGACCAAGAUGUUGACCUCAAGUCAUUAGAGGACCUUACGCCUCAGCUCGUCUCAGACCAGAUGAUGCUGCACAAGGAUCAAGCCGUGCGCGCCUCAGUCGCAUGCUGCCUUGCUGAGGUCCUGCGCCUCUACGCUCCGAAUGCUCCAUUCACCUCUGAUAAGAUCAAGGACAUCUUCCAAUUCUUCCUCCUCGAGCUCACUGCUCCCAAGUCGGGCUUGUCCAACCCUUCAACACCGCGCUUCCCAGACUACCUCGCCCUGCUCGACAAUCUCAGCAGGGUCAAGUCAUGCACUCUGAUUGCAGAUGCGCCAGAUCCAGAGGAGCUCAUGACGAUGUGGUACAAGAAGAUCUUCGACAUGAUGCGCCCGGACAUGUCCAAGAACAUCGAGCUCUCCCUCGCAGACAUUCUAGCGCAGCUCGUCGAUGAGUGCAGGCAGAUUCCUGGCGAGGUGCUCGAUAUCCUUCUAGCCACCUUCAGCUCAAAGGCAGCCAAGCUCAACCCCGCGGCUCAUCGUCUGGCUGUUCAAAUCUGCCUCGCGACGAGCGAUCGCCUCCAGUCCAACGUCGCACAGUACUUCAGUGAGAACAUAGUCGCCGUUUCGAGCGAAGAGGAGCCAGAGGAGCGAGAGAGGGAGCUGCGAUCGUACCACAACCUCAUCGUCCAAGUCAAUCGCUACUGCCCGGCUCUCCUUCUCGGCGUCAUUGCUGUGUUGGAGCAAGAGCUCACGGCAGAAGACAUCAUCGUGCGCAGCAUCGCCGUGCACGCCCUUGGCACAAUGUUCGGCGACAAGCAGAGCUCUACGCUCGCGACUAGAUACCCCAGCGCCUGGAAGGCGUGGUUGGGUCGCAGCGUCGACAAACAGCCAGCGCUCAGAGUCCUCUGGGUCGAACUGACUAGCAACAUCCUCACCAAUCAUCCGCAACUUCGCAUUGAUGUCUCAAAAGCUCUCACCUCAAAGGUCGUCGACCCUGAUGAGAAAGUACGAGCAGCUGUACUGCGCGUCAUCGGCGGUCUCGACUACGAAACCGCGCUGCAUCAUCUCGACCGCGCGUUCCUCAGGACAGUGUCUGACCGCUUGCGAGAUCGUCGCUCAGCCGUCAGAGCAGAGGCUCGCGAGGCACUGGGCAGGCUCUACAGUCUAGCCUAUCCAGAGAUUGAAAAUCAUGAUCCCGCAGCAACCAAGCACUUUGCCUGGAUCCCCAACACCAUGCUCGUCUCCAGCUGGACAGACUCCAAGGCCACCCUUCCUCUCAUCGCUACUUUUGAGAAGCACGUCCUGCCUCUCCCUACGCGCGCUGAAGACGAGGCUGCUUGGGUAAACAGGCUGCUCCUCGUCGGAAAGCACCUCGACGAGAUCGGGAGCAAAGCUCUCUUCCUUCGUCUUAACAAUAUGGUCGUACCGCACGCUCGCAAGCCCUACUUGCCCUUCAUCGAGGCAUGCGAGAAGUACAACGGCGGCGUGGUCGACUCCAGUGAGGAAUCACGAGUCAAGGAUAUCCUCAAAUACUCCAUCCGAGGCAUCGUCACCCUUUUCCCUGACUCUGAUAAAGCGGCACAAGACCUUGCAGCCUUUGCUAAGCUCAACGAUAGCCGCAUCUACCGCUUGAUCAAGGCAUCCAUCGAUCCUUCGACGGAUCUCAAGACGUACAUCAAGGCGCGGGCAGAGGCUAUUCGCCGCAUCGAGGCCUCGGACGACAAGUUGCUCGCGACGAUGACCGACUUCAUCCGUAUCGCCUCAUACCCUUUCCUGAAUCGCAGCUCAAUCCCGACACUGGCCAAGAGGCUCACAAAGGACAAGCGUCAGUGGCGCGAGAGCCAAAUCGGGCCCGACACGCAGCAUGGCAAUGACCUGACAGACGCAGAGGCCUUCAGCGUCGUGGCUAAGUCAUGCUUCACCUUCAUCACCAAGCUUGCUCCGCAGAUGUACGUGCCUCAUCUCAGUGACAUGAUUCGCUACCUCGACGAUGGGGCGUCAUCGCCCGAGCUCAUCGAAGUCACGCUGAAGGCAUUGGCCUCGAUCAAGCUCGCUGGCAUGCAAGUUACACUCGACAAGAAAGACAUCGACCGGGUCUCGUACUUCACUCGCAACGGAAAGGAGCUUCAGGCCAAGUACGCCGCGCGUCUUCUUGCUGUCGUGGCCGCUUCAUCCUGCAAGGAGCCCAAUGCCGCAGCAGAACGCAAAGUUGAGGAGCUGCUUGCCGAGCUCAGCGACCGUCUUGAAAAGGACAGUCCAGAGCGGCUUGUUGCCGACUUCAGCGCGUUGGGUCAACUGUUCAAAUAUGCACCUCGGGCGUCAGAGAACGUCUGGGAUCGCGUGGUACGAGACGUGCUACGAGAGCUCAGCAAGACUUGGGACGCGGAGGCGGCAAAGGCGAGAUCGAGCAGCAAAAAGGGCGAUACCGCUAGCGAGCAGGCAGACGAAGAUGAGCCGCACAGCUGGCUGGAAGACAGAGACGUCGACGACGUUGUUCGUGCAAAGGAGCUGGGCUUUGACGUCCUCUGCAAGAGGACCAUCGCAGCGCUCCGCGAGGACAGCGACGACCGCUCGCAGGUGAGCGACAUGACCACGCCCGUCUUUCGUCUGCUGAGCAAGACGAUGGCUGAGGGCCAGCCUCGAGAGCUGAACAUGCCCGCAGGCGUCAAAUCACGUCUACGCCUCAAGGCUGGUCUUUCUGUUCUCAAGAUGGCCCUCAUGCCAGUCUGCGAUGCUAAGGUAGGGCAACACGACCUCAAUCAGCUAGCUGGGCUAGUGCAAGAUGCCUGCUUCAACGUACGCAGUCGCUUCCUGCACAAGCUUCUACUCUACCUCGCCAAUCAGGGCAAAGCCCGCAAGCUUCCCACCCGGUACAACGCUAUUCCCUUCCUGGUCGCCAUGGACCCGGAAGAUGAGAACCGCGAGAUGGUCUCAACUUGGGCGCUGCGCUCGAAAGCCCUUCCCGAAGCCGAGCGCGUAAAGCGCAUCGAAGUGACGCUCUGCCGCUACGUCCACUUGCUCUCGCACCACGAAGACUUCAAAGCCGACGACGAGGAGAGUAUCAUCGAAUUCGUGCCCUACCUCACGUUUUACAUCGACUAUGUAGCCACGGAGCAGAACGUUGGGCUCCUCUACUACCUUGCAGGACGCCUCAAGACGGUCCGUGACGAGGACACACAAAAGAGUGAGAGCCUCUACACGCUAUCGGAGAUGAUGCAGCUCAUCAUCAAGCACAAGUCGCAGCGCCAUGGUUGGAGGCUGGAGCAGCCUGAAUCAAAGCACUUCCGCGUUCCUGCCGAUACGGGGCUUCGGGCCUUCCCCAGUGCAGAAGACCAGAAGAGGGUCGCGGGCAAGCUCUUCCUGCCUCAUGGAGUGGCGAGUAAGAUUGAGGAGGAGCUGAGCAGGAUGGACAGGAAAUCGAGGAGUGGCUUCAAGGCAGAAGGGGAUGGUGCUGCAGUCAAGAGGAAGAGGACAACGAAGCGCAAGCCCGGCCAACGGGUCGUCCUUGAUGACGACGAUGAUGACGUCGAGGGCGAAGACGAUGAGGAGGCGGGCAAUGAAGCGGACGAGGACGAAGAGCAAGUCAGCUCAGACGAGCCCGUCUCUGAUGGCGAGGAAGAGGGGCGUGGUGCUAGGCGUAAGGCGCAAGCGAGGGAGAGGAAUAGGAAGAGGGCCAUCAGACGAGAGACGCUCGCAGCUAGGAAGUCCGCUGCUGAGGAUGAGGACGAGGCGCCCAAGGCCACGAAGGCUUCGUCGAAGAAGGUCGCGAAGAAGGGCAGCAGCAAGAAGACGGCCAAGAAGACGGCGACUCUGGCUGGCAAUUCCGCAAACGAUGACGGCGACGAUGGCGGAGAAGACGGCGACUCUUCGAUGUCGGAGCUGUCCGACGAGUAG